UCCCUUAGAAGCUUGGAGAUAUCUGAGAAGAUUAACAAGAUACGAUGGUGUCAACCAGCCAAUAGCGCGUUGUAUCUUCUCUCCACGAAUGACAAAACAAUAAAGUUCUGGAAGGUGCAAGAGAAGAAGGUGAAAAUAAUUUCAGAGAUGAAUUCAGAUACUUUAUAUUCGAGUGGAAAUUGUAGUGUUGCUAGCUCUAGUACAGCUAGUCCGCCUGUAUAUCUUCCAAAUGGAGGGCGUUUAGAAAGGCAGUACAAUUAUAUAAGUAAUGACCUUUCAUUCCCGCCUGAAGGGUUUCCAUCGCUUCGUUUUACUACGGUAGCAAGCCAACAAAAAAGUCUUAUUGCUCAAUGCAGAAGAGUAUAUGCUAACUCACAUGAUUAUAACAUCCAUUCGAUUUCAAAUAACAGUGAUGGUGAGACUUUUAUAUCAGCUGAUGAUUUACGGAUAAAUCUUUGGAACUUGGAAAUGUGCAAUCAGGGUUUUAAUAUUGUUGAUGCAAAGCCUGCCAAUAUGGAGCAUCUUUCUGAGGUGAUAACAUGUGCCGAGUUUCAUCCUACUCAUUGCAAUAUUUUGGCAUACAGCAGCUCAAACGGCUCAAUACGACUUAUUGAUAUGAGGCAAUCAGCUUUAUGUGAUAAGCAUUCCCAACUGUUUGUGGGGCAAAAGUCGCCAGCUUUAUGGUCCCCUUUUACUGGGAUUAUUUCUUCAAUUUCAGACAUUAAGUUUGAAAAGAAUGGAAGGCAUAUCUUAAGUCGUGAUUACAUGACUGUUAAGCUCUGGGACAUAAACAUGGACUCUGGCCCUGUUGCUACUUUCUCUGUCCACGAGUAUUUAAGACCUAUGCUACCUCAUCUGUAUGCAAGUGAGUGGAUAUUCGACAAAUUUAAUUGUUGUAUAAGUGGAGAUGGACUAAGAAUAGCAACCGGCUCUUACUGCAAUCAAUUUCGCGUGUUUAGCUGUGCUGGGGAAAACUGCGAGGAGACUACAUUGGAAGCAAGUACAAAUCCAAUGAGGAGUCGAGUCGGAAACCCUCCGGGGCCUUUGAGGUGGUUGAGCGAUUCAACACAUGUUGUCCAACCAGGAUUAGAAAGCCCAGGGGCCGACACCAGUGAGAACUCAUAUGAAAAUUCAUAUGAGGACUCGCAUGAUUUUUCUAACAAGUUGCUCCAUUUAGCAUGGCACCCAACGGACAAUAUAAUCGCCUGCGCUGCUGCAUCUAGCUUGUACAUGUUCUCUGCUUAGAGUUGGCCUCGACAGAGAAAAUUAAGAAAAGAUGCAGGGAGGGAAUGUCUUCAGUGCAGCACUUAUACCACCUAGCAUCUCCUGGGCCAAUGGGAACAUGGCUCGUUGGAUUAUCAAUGUCGAGUGAAAGGUAUUCUUGUGAUUUCUUUCAUUCUUUUGUUCUAUUGGCUUUGUGGAAUCUGUGGCAUAAGUGUUGCACUGAAGACCCUAUCAAAUGAUUGGGGUUUGUGUGUCCAGUAGUUUUUCUGAUAUUAUUAGGUGCUUGGUUCUGCACCUAUAGCAUGAAUUUUUAGGUUUGCGCAAGUUAUUCUUGCAUUGUAAUUAUUCAUCUCUUAUAUUCUUUUCUCUUUAGUAUUA